GGCAGUUCUACCCUGUUCUAAAAGGCCGCUAUGAGUCAGAAUCAACUAAUGGCAAUGAGUGACCAAAUCAUUCCAGUAUGUAUUUUUAAAAGAUGCCACACUUUCUCCCGAUGGUUCCGCUACGUGGACGUGCGUGUGUCUGGUUUUGAAGAAUUCAACCAGGCUGUAGAGCAGCACAAGAGCAAGACCAUUUUUGCCGAAGGGAAAAGCUGGUGCCCGGACUGCGAGCUGGCUGAACCAGUUGUUCUAGAGGGUCUGAAGCAUACUGGUGAAGGAUGUGUGUUCAUCUACUGCCAAGUAGGAGAAAGACCUUAUUGGAAAGAUCCAAAUAAUGACUUCAGAAAAGAGUUGAAAGUAACUGCAGUGCCGACACUACUUAAAUAUGGAAAACCUCAAAAACUGGUAGAAUCUGAGUGUCUUCAGGCCAGCCUCGUGGAGAUGAUAUUCUCUGAAGAAUAGAUUUGAGAAACUGGAUCUUGAUUUUUAACUUUGCUUUAGAAAUGGGGUGCUUGUUUCUUAAGUAAGUAACAUGUUAAAAAAAAGUUGGUGUAUGUCUAAACAAAAGUGUACUAU